CUCAUCACGCCCGCCAUGGCCCAGCACUCCGUCUCGCUCUCCGAGGGCACCACGCACCGCGUCACCGUCACGCUUCUCCCGCCGCCCGGCUCAGACGCGCCGCCGCAUCUCGUCGCCGACAGCGCACGGGCGCCCGAGGCCGUCGUGACGCUGCACGAGGCCGGCGCCAAGGCCUACCCGGACCGCUACUACUUCGGCGCCGCCGCGCUCGCCGGAGUACCACUCACACCGGCGCCCGGCACGCCGGCGAGCGCCUUUGCGCCGGCGCAGGGCAAGACGUCCUUCUGCCCGUACAAGGGCACGGCGCGCUACCACGACGUCGGCCACGCCGCACCCGCCGCCGCCUGGUCGUACCCCGACGGCGCGCACGGCAUGCAGCGCAUCGCCGACAAGGUCUGCUUCUGGACCAUGGGCGCCGGCGCGCGCCUCCAGCUGCGCGUCGAUGGCCAGCUGCGCGACGACUAGGCCAGGCAGCGCAGCGCUGAGAGCGCAGGGCAGGACAGAGCAGGCAGGGCACGGCUGAGGGCGAAGGGCAGGACAGAGCAGGCGGGGCACGGCGAUAGUGGCAUUGUACAUUAGCUUAGUGUGCGAGAGACGGUCCAGUCUAGAGCGGAGCAUGGGCGAGGCGGCAGGCGUCCUACGGCUUGUACAUGUCCUCGACGAAGCGCGAGAUGAUGAGCCG